AUGACAACUAUCAAUGAUAAACCUUGCUAUGUUAUAUUAGGUUCAUCUUCAGGUAUAGGCGAAGCAUUAGUCAAAAUAUUUGCCCAAAGAGAUGUUAAUAUUGUCGUAGCAAGUAGAAGCUCUGACAAAUUAGAAAAAAUUGUACAAGAAUUAAAAGCUAUAAACAAACACUCAAAUAAAUAUUUAGUGGUAAAAUGUGAUGCAUCUAAAGAAGAAGAUUGCAAAAACUUAAUCGAAACGGUAAUUAAAGAAUUUAACAGAAUAGAUUUAUUGUUACUAUGCUCAGGAGUAUCAUACCACAAUUCAUUCAAAGACAGUACAGAUUUAGGUGUUUAUAGACAAAUGAUGGAUAUAAAUUAUUUCGGAUACAUGUAUACUACAUAUUUUGCAUUACCUUAUAUGAUUAAGCAAUAUGAAAAGGAAUGUAAUAAUAAGAAUUUUAAAAAACCACAAAUUGCAGUUAUAUCUUCAAUAUCAGGCGCAUUAGGUCUACCAUUAAGAGCUGGGUAUUGUGCCUCUAAAUUUGCAGUCAAUGGUUUCUUCCAAGCAUUAAGAUUAGAAGUUCAAAACUAUAUCGAUAUUACUUUACUUUUACCAACUACAGUAAAUACACCAAUGAGAUCAAAUUCAUUGGGUCAAAACGAAAAGAAAAACAUUCACUUCCACGAAGACGAAAGUAAAAAAAUGACAAUAGAUCAAUGUUGUGAAAUUGUAGUAGCUGCAAUAGAUUCCAGAAAGAAAAAAGUGGCUUUUCCAUUUAGUAAUUUUUUAGCAUCGGUACUCCACCCAAUAUUUCCAAAUUUUAUAGAUAAGAUUUUAAUUAAAAAAGCAGGCGGAAACAUUAAUAAUAAUAAUAGCAAUAAUAAUUUAAAAGCAAAAUUAUAA